GCCCUCUGGAAUGAGUUUUCCUGAGCUUUAAGACUUCUCUGAGCCUCGCACGCUACCUUAUGGAUCUAACUUAGCAGGGAGGUGCCUUCACGCGGAUUUGCCAUUCAAAAACGAUUUCAGAUGCAUGCCCAGUUUCUGGUGAAUGCCAGAAUUAGAGACCACUACCGAUGGAGUCCACAGGUCAGCAUGGAAACAGCAGUUCGUUAGUUGUCCAGCAGCUUUUUCUGGACAACCGGCAGAGGUUGGACUAUGAAAGAGAUAUUCAGGCAGCUGCCAUCUUGUCACUGGACCAGAUCAAGACUCUCAGGGGUAGCAAUGAAUACACUGAAGGUCCAUCUGUGGUGAAAAAGUCUGCUCCACGAACAGCUCCAAGACAAGAAAAACAUGAAAGGACUCAUGAAAUCUUACCAAUAAAUGUGAAUAAUAAUUAUGAGCCCAGACCCAGCCAUCCUGGACAUGUGCUACAUCAACACAACUCAAGGGUUCCUGUUUUGAGCAGAUCUACAAGCACUGGAAGUGCAGCUAGUUCUGGAAGCAACAGCAGUGCUUCUUCAGAGCAGGGCCUUCUAUUAAGAUCACCACCAUCAAGGCUGGGCCCGGGUCAGAGAUUUGAAAGGCCAAUCAGGACGCAACCCAAGCCAUCAUCUUUGAUUGUAGAUGACCUGAAAAGUCCUUUGAAAGAGGAUUCUACUCAACAUAAGUUCAUAUGUGAACAGUGUGGGAAGUGCAAAUGUGGAGAAUGCACAGCACCCAGGGCCUUGCCUUCUUGCUUGGCCUGCAACAGACAGUGCUUGUGCUCAGCAGAAAGCCUGGUGGAAUAUAGCACCUGUAUGUGUCUGGUCAAAGGAAUUUUCUACCACUGUUCCAACGAUGAUGAAGGGGACUCGUACGCGGAUAAUCCAUGCUCAUGCUCCCAGUCACACUGCUGCUCACGGUACCUAUGCAUGGGGGCCAUGGCUUUGUUUCUUCCUUGCCUGCUCUGUUACCCUCCUGCAAAAGGAUGCCUAAAACUGUGCCGUGGGUGUUACGAUUGGAUGAAUCGUCCAGGAUGCCGGUGCAAAAACUCCAAUACAGUUUAUUGUAAACUGGAAAGUUGUCCAUCUAGGGGUCAAGGCAAGCCCUCCUGAUUUCUGGAGAGAAAGAUUCAGUUCCUCAGACACCAUCUCUCAGAUUGUGGCUGACUUUUCUGUCUUCAUUCCCCUUUUUUCUUAUCAUGCCCAAGAUCCUCUUUCACUUCCUUUGCUUAUCUCAGUGAAGGGCAAAUCUGAAUGCAGUGGCCUUCGGUAAGUGUGGCUCAUGUGCUGGUGUCUUUUUUCAUCUUGGCAAGUCAUCUCAGGACUCUGAGUAAUAGACUCCUGAAAGAAGUAAUGAGGGUACUGGGUUUUUCUGAAGUCCUUUAUUCUGCAAACAACUUUCCAAAGAGGCUGUUUUGUUU